AUGUCAAUGAAGGAAGAUUACUACGACUACCUGUUUAAAAUUGUUCUGAUAGGAGAUUCCGGCGUGGGGAAAUCGAACUUACUCUCCAGAUUCACGAGAGACGAAUUUAACCUAGAAAGCAAAAGCACCAUAGGUGUAGAAUUCGCGACAAAAAGCAUUCAGUUAAAAAAUAAUAAAAUAAUAAAAGCACAGAUAUGGGACACAGCCGGGCAGGAGAGAUAUAGGGCCAUCACCUCAGCGUAUUAUCGAGGGGCAGUUGGGGCCUUGCUUGUGUACGACAUAACAAAGAAAAACUCAUUUGAAAAUAUUGAAAAGUGGCUGAAGGAGUUAAGAGAUAAUGCUGAUUCUAACAUUGUUAUCCUACUGGUUGGUAACAAAAGUGACUUAAAACAUUUACGUGUAAUAAACGAUAAUGAAGCAACUCAGUUUGCGAAGAAAGAAAAAUUGGCCUUCAUAGAGACCUCUGCUCUGGAAGCCACCAACGUGGAACUAGCAUUUCACCAGUUACUGAAUGAAAUUUACAACGUCCGACAGAAAAAACAAGGCACAAAAAAUGAAGACAGCAUGUCGAUCCAACCGCGCGGGAAAAAAAUAAAUGUUACAAAGGAACAAAUAAAAGAAUCGACGGGAGAAACGAAUAACAUGUUACACAUUUGGGUGUCACUUUUGAGCCGUCUACAUGGGAGACGUUUGAAAUGCAUUUUUUUCAUUUUCUCAUUUUUUCAUUUUUUGUUUUACAACUUCCAGGUGGACGACGAUAAUGACGAGAAUGAUUCAAAGAAAAAAUCCAAGUGUUGUUGA